GUCUGAUGUAAUAAUGUUCAUGACAAUCUGAUCUCUUAUGAUCUUUCGUUUCUCAUUUUGAUGGCACGAGCAAGAUUCUACGAGCCGUAGGAGAAUCCUAGGAACAUUGGCUUGUUUAGUCAGCUCCUCCCUCUUUCCGUAUUACAGGAAAGGAGAGGAGUCACGAGUUCAACCUUAUAUGGAUACAAAAUUGUCGUUCCGUUUGUCGAUACAUAACAAGUGGGAUGUUACAAUAUCCGACACAAGGGCGUAAAGAACGGACAGAUAGACAACAGCAACUUGGUCACGACACUACGUCAUCCGUGGGAGUGCCGUUGUCAUAUAUAAUUGCGAGGUUUGCAAGCCAGCUUGCAGUUGAAUUGUGCAUCAGUGUGGCAUAGACGCGAAAAAGUGCUUUACUGAAGACCAACCAUGUGGAUCAAGACACAACGAUUUGGAAACCUUCAAAAGAGUGUGAUGACUAUUGUGUGCCUUCUGGCACUGCUGGCAAUGUCACAGGUCAAAGGCAACGAAAAUGCUAAGUUAUUGAAUAACUUGGCUCAAGCUAUACAAGAUUGUUCUGGAGAAUCUGGACCAUCUCGUGGACAGUCAGAAGUUCGUGUCAGUGGCAGCAAAGCUUCAUGCAGUGACAGCAAUGCUGGCUUAAUGCGAUUUGUAUCAAGCAAGGGUUCACUACAAUACUGUGAUGGAACCGACUGGAGAUCAUUAGUGAGUGAAGACACCCAGCCUGGUGUUUCACCGACGUCAUCAGGAAGAUCAUGUGCUGACAUCAAGAAGCGUAAUCCUGCAGCCAAAGACGGUGUGUACUGGGUCAAUCCAGAUCCUUCAGUCUACACCGAGCCAUUUCAAAUCUAUUGUGACAUGACAACAUCUGGUGGUGGUUGGAGCAUGUGCUACACAACAGACUUUGCAAUGAAGCUGAAAUCCGAACACAGUUACAAUCCUCGACUAUCGUAUGGUCGAACUGGAUACCGAGCUGACUGUCGCUACAUUCCAUUUAAGGAAGUUAUUUAUGUGAACCAUGCAGCGCAGCAAGUUGCUUGGUUUACGAAGCGAUCAGCAGGACACAUUGUAACAUCUCAGACCAACUAUGAUGUACCUGGUAAUACAUUUGGAUUAUGGACGGCACAUGGUGUUGCUAGCAGAUCAUAUGACUAUCAAAUGCUUAUUUGUGACAAGAGUGACCGCAAUGAUUUCUAUCCAGGAUAUUUCAUCAGUGGAUAUACAAACUGCUAUAAAAAGUGUAAUGAUUGGUGUGGUGACUACAGUUCUCCAUACUUUCGCACAGACGGAGAUUCCACAAAAUCUAGUUAUGAUGGUGUAGCGUUCAAUACAAAUGGCGCUCGUUCACUGGGUCGCAAAGUCAUGUCUGUCGGUUUGAGGCUCUAGUAUGGAAACAAUUAGCGUGCAAACUUUUGCGAAUUAGUUAGUCGAUUGCUCUAGAACUUGAAAUCUGUACCGUGUUGAGUUGUUUUCUUGUUUAGCUGAUUAGACAAAUUAGUGCUGAUUUUUGUAACGUUUUGGACACUACUCAAUUGACACAAAG